UUUAAAUCACAAGGAUCUUUCCACAUAUAGCAGAAGUGCAGUCAGUGCGUCCUGGCCACUCGGAGCUCCGGCAAUCUGUGUACUCUCUGCAACUCACAUCGUAACUUUCUCCACCUCGUGGUGCUGCUUGCCAGCCACUGCUGUUGACCAGUUUGGUGAAAACAUUGGACACGGAGACAACUGGUGUCCUCAUCAUCAAAGAAGUCAGUGCUCAUGAGGUUCUUCUGGCCAUUCGCAGCCCAUAAGUCUUCCUUCUUAAAUCCUCUGAUGGGCUCAGCCAAGGAUAUUGAUAUAGUCCCGGAGCACUCCCAGAUCUCCAUUCCAACUGGAUGGAUUGGCAUGGGGAAAGGAGGAUUUCAACCCCUGGCUAAGCAGCAGCUUUGGACGUCUUUCGCUUUCAUCAUGCUCCUCGUCUCCUUGUGGCCAAGAUCAGCACUUUGCCAGCAGUGCCGGAUUCACCGCUGCAAUACUGAAUACGUGACCUCAACCUCGACCACCACCGGCCUGCAAGACGAGCAGCCAGCCGACGUGGACUACUGCAUUGCCCUGAGGGCCUACUCCCAGUGUACCAAGAAGACUGCGCGGGCCUGCCGUGGGGACCUCGUCUACCACUCGGCCGUCUUCCGCAUCAAGGAGCUCUUCAGCCAGCACAACUGUUCCAAUGAUGGGCCAACAGCCUCCGCUAAGGCUGCCAACCCCAACCAGCCACCGGCUUCUGAGCUGUGUGACUACGAGAGUCGCUGGGCAGCUGGGUCACCCAAGAAGUUUGUGCACUGUGGAUUAUUUGGAGACCCUCACUUGCGCACCUUUCGGGAUGAGUUUCAGACAUGUAAAGUGGAAGGGGCCUGGCCUCUCAUCGACAACCAGUACCUCUCUGUGCAGGUGACCAACGUGCCUGUGGUACAGGGUUCUAGUGCCACCGCUACUAGCAAGAUUACCGUGAUUUUUAAAAGCUACCUUGGCUGCACAGAACAGAAAGUCUACCAGGCGACCACAGAGGACCUGCCCUCAGCCUUCAUGGAUGGCACCACAAGCGGCGGCACUCAAGAGGCUAACGGGGGCAGCCUGCGCAUAGUGGAGCGGACGGCCUCGACGACGGGCUUUUCCUCCCAGGUGGAGAUCCAAGCCCGGUACAUCGCCACGUCCAUCAUCGUGCGCCAGGUCGGCCGUUACCUUACAUUCGCCGUCCGGGUACCGGAGGACAUGUUGAAUUUUUCUGAAGAGAACACGGGACUCCAGCUUUGUCUUCAUGGCUGCCCCCGAAAUGAACUCAUCAAAGAGCACACGCUGACUCGCCAGAGCUUCAGCCCACGCCUGCAGGCAGCAGGAGCCCCCCAGAGGCAGGCUUAUACUGUAGAGCACGCCACAGCCAAGUGCCGGGAGAUCCUGCAAGUAGAGGACGUCUAUUUCCAGUCGUGCGUCUUUGAUUUACUGACCACGGGUGACCCGGAGUUCUCCAUGGCCGCUUACGGGGCACUACAGGACCUGAAGGCUCUGCCGCCAAGUAAACUGAAGCAAAGCCCACCUCGGACUCCAAGGCUGCCGAGUGGUGCGCCGGACAGCAGGAUAUCCACAGGCUCCGUUCUGUGCCUUGGCCUGAUGCUGCUCUUAUUCUGGUGAGGUGUGGGGUUCAAAGAGACUUAAGUUAGAGGAGCAGAGUGUGUGUGUGUCACCGAAGAAGAGCCUUCCCUUUGUCCUCUUCAUUUUAUUAUACGUGUACAGAAAGUGUGCCACCUACUGGAGUGAAGAGGAAAUCCAAGUGAGGGGGGGAGAAAAAGAGCUGGAGCAAAGAGGCCAAAGGCGAAGACUGCAUGAGACCCACGACCUUCUGUAGCCAUGGAGGGAGCUGAACUGAAGUAGUUUUUAAAGCGACAUGGCACUUAAAUCCCAUGUUGUGUGAGUGUGUGCUCCUUAUUUUUCAGUUUGCUUUGCUGAGUUUGUAGGCCUUGUAGUGUGGUGGCUGACUCAUUUGAUUGGGCCUCCAUGACUAUGGGGAGUUUUUAUUUUAUUUUCAACAUUGUGUGUUAUAGCAGUAAGGCUUCAAGCCCUGUUCCCAGUCCCACUCUUCUGCUUAUUGCACACGGGAAGCAAUUCUGAAAUCUUACCUACAAAAAGGGAGCAUUCUGGGAACUUCUCAACUCCGUUCAGGCCACAACAAUGGCACAGUGGCUAGUGCUGCUGCCUCCUAGCUCUGGAGGUUAGGGGGCACAUCCCAGCCCAGUCAGGAGGUGAAGAUAGAUGUAGAAUUGAGAAACUCCACACAGGCAGGGGGCUUGGCCAAGAUUUAAACCCAGUCACAGGUAGUGUCACAUUGCACAACCUUUCCAGCAAUAUCUUUUCAGUUGCAGAAAUCAUUUAUAUAAUAUUAGUAAGUUGGACGUCUUUGUGUAGUCUGACAUCCCCUGGAACUCAGUCUGAGCAGUCUGCGACUUUCCCCAGUCAAAAAAGUUUACGACCACGCUCUGUGUAUUGUGACUUGUAGGGGGCGAAACACCAACUCAGACACGACCUCACAAGUCCUUGGUUCAAAUCAAUGACUUACUGUAUUACAAUAAAAAUAAUUUCACCAGAGCCUUCUUGUAAAGUACAGCACAUAAACACAAUACUCUUCUACCUUUCGCCUUUCCUCCACUACUUCCAAGCGAGCUUUGUCCUCUUUCACCCGACUCCCAACUCCCCUGGGUGAGGCAGAGCAGCUCCUUUUAUCUAAGACCUGGGAGUAUUUCCGGUGCUAGGAUUCGGCCCAUUGGAAGCACUUCUGGGUCAGGUGGAAGUCCCAUAAAGUAGGGAUUGCAAAUCUCUGCAUUGCCUGCUGGUGGUGCCCAUCCCAACAGGGCUGUAGCUCAAGAUUCCAGUUCCCAGCAUGCCAUGUUGGAAUCUGAAUAGGUACUGAAGCCCAGGGACACUGCGCUCUAGCAUAUCAGGGAAGAAAGAUUCCUCCCUGAUUCUUCCAUUGUACUGACCUUCUAAUCAGGUAAGGGUCCCAUUUCCCAGAACAACCUGAUAGUAGAUUCACCCUUAGCCAUAGGGUACUUCAUUCUAAUCCAGUUAACCCUUUGUUCUCCUUUCUUACAUUUAUACUUUUAUGGUUAGUACAAUAAUUUAAUUUACCAGUUACCACUUAAAGCAUUAAGGAAAGGGAGGUGUAUGCAGAGGUUUCUUCAAGCCCCUCACACAGAGGACUACCAUCCUACACACACGCAGUCGGCCAAUAGCAUCGACUUCCUUGCCCACUUACACAAUCUGAUGUCUUCUCUUUAACGUGUUUGGGGGAUCUGUUUGCCGCUUCUGUGAAAAACAGAAAAAUCUACAAAAUAUGCAUGUUGGUAUAACCUCUGUCUGUUACAGGGUUCUUACCUGACUAAGUGAUAGGCAAACAAUAAAAAAUAAAACACUAAACUAAUUAGUAGCUGAAGUCGCAAAGAACAUUUCUUCCACUUUUUUAACUUACCUGUUGCCACUUAAAGCAUCAAGGAGAGGGAGAUGCGCAGAGGUUUCUACAGACCCCUCACUGGACUUGCAGAUAGAGGGCUACCAUCCCACGCACACGCAGUCCGCCAAUGGCAGCGAGUUCGUUUUCCACACACACAGUCUGACGUUUUCUCUUCAUUUUGGGGAUCUGUUUGCCGCUUCUGUGAAUAAAAGAAAAAUUUUCAAAAUAUACAUGUUGGUAUAAAUGCUGUCUGUUGCGGGAUUCUUACCUGACUAAGAGAUAGGCAAACAAUAAAAAAAAUAAUAAAACACUAAACUAAUUACUAGUAUAAGCCGCAAAGAACAUUUCUUCUGUUUUAAAGAGAACGAGUAUCUUAGUCGCCAAAGCUUUUUAAUGAGAGAUUUGGGAGCUUUAAAACGGCGUGCAGAGAAAUCUGUUCAAGAUACCUUGACGAAAAUUGAACCGUCCUCACAAAUCUUCUUGAAGAAUAAGUGUGCCGCAUUUUGACCAAGUGGUCCAUGGGAGGACCGAGUUGUUUCAUGAGGGCAUACAGUGUGAAAACCUACCCGUAUAGAUCAGAGGCUGCAGUCGUCAAAGUAGCAUUUCCCUGCCGACCAGAAGUCAUGUAAUGUGACAUUGGCUUUAAAGAUAGUAACACCACUGUGCCAAAUGUUGCAGGCUUUAAUUAUAAUGCCUUACUCCGUCGUCUGGACCGCAAAAUAUCUUGAAAGUUUUCUCACCCAACGUUUCUGGACAAACUCAAAGUAAAACAACUGGCACUGGUAUAUGGAUCUGUCUAAAUGUCCCAAAGGUGCACCAUUUUGCUUCCAAAUAAUCCUGCUCCACCUGAUUUAAAGAUCUGUGACCUCCUGUUUGAGAUGGGCACCGCAUUUAAGGGCAGCCAAUGGUUUUCUUUGUGUCAACAAAACUGUAAUCCUCCACCUUGGUCAGUCAAUUUUAAGCAAACGGUUGAGUGAGUGUGAGUGUGCCGUGCAGAGGACUGACACCCUGUCCAAAGGUCAUCCAUGCCUUGUUCCCAUUGCUGUCUAGAUAACUCCCCGUGACUCUGAACUGGUACUGUGGGUUAGGAAGUGAAUGAAUGGACAGGCCCCUCUGCCCCCUUUAAAAGGACACGGAACGAGGCUGAGCCUGCAGUCAGAACUAAUAGACCAUUUAGGAAAUGAGUAAGCACAAGCAACAGUUUCUGGAGGACCUUCUGUAUUCUUGGUGCUGAUCACCCAUUCAUUUGGUGAAGGGUUGAAGGGAAUCUGGAGCUUAUUUCAGCACACAAAGGGUGCAAGGCAGGAGUAACAUCUGGAUAGGGUGCCAGUCCAUUGCAGGGUGAGCACACACUUGCACACACACCCACAAAUCAGGGGCCAAUUUAACAAUGCCAGUUCAACGACCUACAUGUGUUUGGACUGAGGGAGGAAACCUACAGUGCAUGGUAAGAUGACCACCUUACCAAGGUGCCCGUAUCUGAGAAUCCGCAAGAAGUGGAAGGAAACCUGAAGCAAUCUGCUUGAAUUGAAGCCCAGGAGUUUGUGUGUGUUUUCUGCUUUUUGGUUUCUGCUCCGAUUCAGAAAUGGGCAAAUGAGUAAAGCAGAAACGACAAGUCUCUAGGCACCUUCCUCUAGCUAUAGCUAGGUUGACAAGAUUAAAAAGAUAAUUAAAAAGAAAAAAGAUUAUACAUUAAUAUAUUACAAGAGUGUAUAUAUGUGUUGUAUAAUGUGUACAUUUGCUGUAUAUACAGUUGUUGAAUGAUA